AGCGGGAUGGGAGGAGGCGGCUACCACUGCGGCGUUGUGGUUCUGCUCCGCCGCCUCUUCCUCCUGCUCCUGGGCCUCGGCUGCAGCAUCGGCGGCCGGUGCUGGGCGCAGGCUACUCGGCUGCCGCAGCAAGAAGAAUCCCAACUUACGCUCCAUGAGGCAUGCUCAGGCCUGCGGGCAGGCGGCUCGCGGCCAACUUGCUCUGGUCCAGUGGGUGGCGCACGCCAAGUGUUUGACGAAAUGGUCAAAUGCGGAGGGUGCAUCCGGGCCGUUUGCGUCGCUGUGCUGAGCUGGCCGGAUUGUUGGUUUUGUCGGCAACGCGUGCUAAGGGGUUUUGCCGUGACCACCGGUACCUACGGUGCUGGCAAAGCUAAAGUGACUAAUGGACCGAAGGUGGUGGGUUGAGUUGUUGUGAAAAGGAGCAGGCACUCGAAGACAACCGACAGCGAGAGGCUUGCGCAUUUACGCUAGGGCAAUUAUAUGGCCUUUCUGCUACUGCGAGAUUGCUGAGAUCUAAGUGCUGGUGCUCUGGCACAUGCUCAUAAGUGAUAAAGAUUAGGUGCCUGGAGGUUGAUAGCAUCAAACCAAGGAAUACUUUGACAUAUAUCGAAGCAGAUGGACCAAAGCUGCCCUCUCCUUUUCCUCUGCCGUUCUAAAUAUUUGGUUCUUGGAAUGUUUCAUAGAAGUUCUGUGGAAUAAACUAAUUGUGACUACCCUGCAAUGUUCUUGAUCCGGGGAUGCUUCAUGUUCGCCUUAUUACUCCGGUACCGUUUAUUUAUAAAUUUUGAUUUCCAGGGAAGUAAAUUUCCAGCUAAGUUUUGUGCAUACCAAAUUGCAUUUUUUUAACAAUAUACCAAAUUACAUUGGGCAAAAUUUGAAUUGCCUUUGCCUUUUCAGUUGAAGCGCUCAAAGGAAUAGCAACCAAGCUUAACAAGACGGACUGGGACUUCAACGUGGAUCCAUGCAGUGCAUCAGGAAAUUGGGUCAAUUCCCCCACCAAAUUUCUUAUCAGCAAUGUGACAUGUGAUUGUUCAUUCAAGAACCACAUGGAGUGUCACGUUAUCAGCUUGCAGCUUAGGCGUCAGAAUCUCAGUGGAGUUCUACCUGAAGAAGUUUUGAAUCUUACUUAUUUGCGACAUCUUGACUUGCCACGCAACUUCAUUCAAGGACCAAUUCCAGCAUCCUGGGCAAGCCUACCUGUUUUUAAUCUGUCUCUGCAGGGAAAUCGCAUAUCUGGAAGACUACCUAAGGAACUUGGACGCAUGCCCAUGUUGAAAUCUAUCGUGCUAGAAAGUAAUCAGAUUGAGGGCCCUAUUCCACCAGAGCUGGGUAAUAUCAUCAGCUUGGAGAGAUUUUUCAUUUCUGCAAAUAACAUCACAGGAGAGUUGCCCCCAACGUUUUCCAGGCUGACAAAUAUGACAGACUUUCGUAUUGAUGGGACCAGUAUCUCAGGGAAAAUACCCAGCUUCAUUAAGAAUUGGCAGCGCGUGAACAGAAUAGACAUGCAGGGUACCUUGAUGAGUGGACCUAUUCCUCAAGAAAUUUCCUUGCUAAAGAACUUGACAGAACUGAGGGUGACUGAUUUGAGUGGACCAAGCAUGAAAUUUCCUCCCUUACAAAAUGCGCUGCACCUUAAAGAAUUGGUCCUAAGAAAUUGCUCCAUCUAUGGUGAAAUACCUUCUUACCUUGGACUAAUGCAGUACCUUAAAGUCUUAGAUAUAAGCUUCAACAAGUUGACCGGUCAAAUCCCAAUAAAUUUUCAAGGAAUGACAGCACUACAAUAUUUGUACCUGACUAGCAAUAUGCUGACAGGAGAUUUGCCUGAUUGGAUGUUGAAAAACAGGGCAAGCAAUAAAAAAAACAUGGAUAUAUCGUAUAAUGACUUCACGGGUAACCCUCCAUCUGAGUGCCAGCAAGCAAAUGUAAAUAUGGUGUCAAGCUUUUCAUCUUCAAAUGACAAUUCAUUGCAGCCAUGUUUAAGAAAGAAUCUUCCUUGCAUGGGCAAACCACGCGAUUCCUCCCUGUUCAUCAAUUGUGGCGGUAAAAGUGUUACGGUGGAUGGGGUUACCUACAAGGAUGACUCGUCCCAAAUUGGAACAUCAACCUUUGUUUUAUCUAAUGAUAAGAAAUGGGCAUACAGUAGCACAGGUGAUUUUGUGGGUAACGAGAAUGCUGACUAUAUUGCUAGAAACACAUCGGAAUUAACCCUGGCUCAUCCUGAGCUAUACACUGAAGCUCGUCUCGCAUCUCUCUCUCUGAAAUACUAUGGCCUUUGCAUGGAUAAUGGUGAAUAUAUGGUAAAGCUUCAUUUUGCUGAGAUUGUGUUCACAGAAGAUCAUACUUAUUCCAGUAACGGCAAGCGUGUUUUUGAUGUCUUCAUCCAGGGUGCUAAAGUAUUGGGGGACUUUAACAUUCAAGAUGAGGCUGGUGGUGUCCGUCGUGCAAUUACCAAAUAUUUUGCAACCAACAUUACAGAGAAUACACUGGAAAUUCACUUAUAUUGGGGAGGCAAAGGUAGCACAGCGAUACCUUAUCGGGGCAUGUAUGGUCCACUGAUCUCAGCCAUAUCGGUAACUCAGACUCGCAGGAACCAUCGUGGAGUCUCAACUGGAGUGGUGAUCGCCAUAAUAGCUGUGCCAUGUUUGGCUGUCAUACUCCUGCUUAUAGCCUGCUAUUUCAAAAUCUGGAAAAGGAAGAAUGUUAUAGGUAGACAAUUCUGCAACCAAGGAAGGAAAACUACUAUUUCAGAGCUUCAAACACGGGCACAGUAUUUCUUUACCUUGAAAGAGAUUGAGCAUGCAACAAAACAUUUUGAUCCUGCAAAUAAAAUAGGUGAGGGUGGCUUUGGACCUGUUUACAAGGGUACACUAGCAGAUGGUACUGCUAUUGCAGUAAAAAAGCUGUCCUCGAAAUCAAGCCAAGGAAAUCGUGAGUUUUUAAAUGAGACAGGAAUAAUAUUUACUCUAAGGCAUCCAAACCUUGUGAGGCUCUUUGGUUGUUGUAUUGAUGGGGAUCAGCUUCUUCUGAUAUAUGAAUUCUUGGAAAAUAAUAGUCUUGGUCGUGCACUUUUUGGUCGUGCAGAACACAAGCUGAAAUUAGACUGGCCAACAAGGUACAACAUCUGCCUUGGAACUGCGAAAGGUCUGGUCUAUCUCCACGAAGAGUCUACACUAAAAAUAAUCCACAGAGAUAUUAAACCAUCAAAUAUUCUUCUUGAUGAAAAGCUGCAGCCUAAAAUAUCAGAUUUUGGCUUGGCUAAACUGAAUGAUGACUCUGGUCCUGUGAGCACUCGGAUCGCUGGAACAGUUGGUUAUAUGGCUCCUGAAUAUGCCACAAGAGGUUGCUUGACACGUAAAGCGGACAUCUACAGUUAUGGAGUGGUGACACUAGAAAUUGUUAGUGGAAUGAGCAAUACGAAUAGCGUGUCAAAUGAAGAAUAUCUGCACCUUCUUGAUUGGGCUGAAGGAUUGAAGCAGCAAGGGAGGCUGCUUGAAGUUGUUGAUCGGCGUCUUGGUUCUGACUACUCGCAAGAACAGGCACUGAGGCUGCUGAACGUAGCUCUCCUAUGUACAAGCACGUUACCAACCCAGCGGCCAAGAAUGUCUUCAGUUGUGAAGAUGCUUUGCGGUCAGAUCCCAAUUGAGGUCUCACCUGACGAUGCCGAUCUGAUUGAAGACUUACAUAUCGCCCAACCCCACCACUCCUUGAAUAACAGCCAAAUAGAUUGGUCCCAGAUACCAUCAAGUGAUUGUUCAAUCUUGCUCCACGACAGCAAGGACAGUGGCUGCUUACCAUCUUCGAGUUCCUCUUCUCUGAAGCUGUGAGCUGCAAUGCCAAGAAUAGCCACUAAAGUUCAUGGCGUCGGCAGUUUUUUUGUCCGAUGCAGCAGUUGUACAUAGGCGAAGAUUUGGUGGUUUGGAUGCUUCAAAUUCAAUCGUAGCAUAUUGCCCGUCGAAACGAAAUGUUUUCGAGUCUGUGUACUGAUUGGUGAUGGGGAUGCUUCAAAUUCAAUCGUAGCAUAGGCAGGCAGGCUGGAGCUUGGACGGAAUUUGUAUCUGUCAUCUGUGUACCCUGGUUAACCUUUCGUAUCCAGAUAAUGUAAAGUACUAGGGAAGAAUUCCAAUGUGUAUAUCUAGUAAAUUUGUUGUCUGUUACACAGAAAAUUAGAAAAUGGACGACAAUUCAGCGCAAACUUGUUGCUCCAACUUCUGUAGCUGCUUCAGAUGACCAGUUAUGCUAUCCAUGUUGUCUUCA